AACAACGCCAACAUACGCGCAAUACCGCCAAUGGCAAGUUUGAGAGGGGGCUCUCGUGCUCUUUCUUGGGCGAAUCAGCUAUUAUCCCGUCAGCGCCUUUCGUCGAAAUGUGCUUCUCAGAGAGUCGCUCCUCCGGCAACCGCCUACUCUCUCCGUCAGUAUGCGACCACCGCCAAAGAAGCUUCUAAGCCCUACUAUGUCACGACGCCUAUCUUUUAUGUCAAUGCCGCUCCCCAUGUCGGUCACUUAUACACCAUGGUCCUCGCGGACAUCCUGAAACGAUGGCGGACACUUACCGGCGACAAUGAGGCACAAUUGCUGACUGGAACGGAUGAGCAUGGCAUGAAGAUCCAGCAAGCCGCGAACGCGGCGGGUAUAGAUACCCAGGCGUUUUGCGACAGGAACUGCUUAACAUUCAAAGCUUUGGCUGAGGCAGCUAAUGUGGACUACAAUUACUUUAUUCGGACGACGGAACCUGCGCAUAAAGAGGCCGUUCAAUACUUUUGGGAAAUGCUACAACAUCGAGGCUACAUUUACACAUCUAAACAUGAAGGAUGGUAUUCUGUUAGCGACGAGACAUUCUAUCCCCAGUCACAAGUCAAUCUCUCGUUGGACCCUGCCACCGGGCGGAAGAGAAUGGUUUCUACGGAGACGGGCAAAGAAGUCGAGUGGUCUUCCGAAACGAACUAUCACUUUCGUCUGUCUGCGUUCCAGGACCGCUUAUUAGAAUUGUACAAGACGGAUUUCAUCACGCCAACCCACUAUACUGAGCAAGUGGUCAAAUCGGUUGCAUCCGGGCUGUCAGACUUAUCCAUCUCCCGGCCGGUGGAGCGGUUGACAUGGGGCAUCCCUGUUCCAAAUGACAAUACGCAGACGAUCUAUGUCUGGCUGGACGCGCUUGUCAACUAUCUCACGAAAGCAGGAUACCCUUUUCCGCCUGGCGAGGGAAGCCGCCUCGGGUGGCCUGCGGAUGUCCACGUUGUUGGCAAGGACAUUGUCAGAUUCCACUGUGUUUACUGGCCAGCGUUUCUCAUGGCUCUGGAUCUUCCCCUCCCUCGGAAUGUCCUUGUUCACGCUCAUUGGACGAUGAACCGUGAGAAAAUGUCAAAGUCGACCGGAAACGUGGUCAACCCUUUCUUCGCAAUUGACCGAUUCGGAAUGGACACAAUGCGCUUCUUCCUAGCUCACCGUGGCGGCCUUGCAUCCGACUCUGACUACGACAACAGAUACAUCAUCCGCGAUUAUAAGAAAUACCUCCAACAGGGACUUGGCAACAUUGCCCACCGCACAAUUGGUUGUGCGAAAGGAAAAUUGCGGGACUAUAUCAUCAAUGCUACAUCUGGCAAUUCCCCCGCAACCGCUGACGAUCAGGCAUACCAGAAGACUCUGGAGCAGCUCUCCCACAAGGUAGCAAAGUGUAUGGAGGCACUUGACCCACGUGCGGCACUAGAGGAGAUCGUGGAAGUAAUCCUUCUGACAAACAAGUAUUUUCACAACUCGGAGCCAUGGCAGAAUCCGGAGGAGAAGCAACGCGUGAUUUUCAAUGCUGCGGAGUCAAUGCGUAUCAUGGGCAUCUUACUGCAGCCUUUCAUGCCGAACAAAGCCAAAAAGCUCCUUGACAUAUUGAAGGUCGAUCCUUCAAAGCGGGAUCUCUCUGAUGCUGGCUAUGCACGAGACUCGACCUACGGCGAGGAUGUUAAGAAAAAAAUCCUCUUCCCUCCCCUUGCCCUCGAGAACUAA